AUGGGUUUAUUCAUGAAUUUGAAGGUGUUAGAGUUAGUAAAGCUUUACUUGCUUACUCAUGCCCAUGCUGAUCACUUGAAAGGGUUGGAUUCCAGUUUUAGUGGUCAUCCAGUAUAUUGUUCAGAAAUCACCAAGGAAUUAUUGAAAUUGAAUCCUAAAUAUAGUAGAAGUUGGCCAUCUCUUAGACCAUUGAAGGAAAAUCAAAGACACACAGUUCCUUUGAAGGAUGGUGUUUCAAUAAAUUUGACUUUAAUCCCAGCUAGACAUUGUCCUGGUGCUGUUAUGUUCUUAGUUGAAUCAAAUGAGAAAUCAAUUUUAAUUACUGGUGAUAUUAGAGCUGAAAGGGAUUGGGUUGGAUCAUUACCAAGAAAUGAAUUUUUAUUCCCAUAUACAACUUCUUUGAAAAAAUUUGAUAAUAUUUAUUUAGAUACAACAUUUGGUUAUAGACAAGAACCUUUUAUUGAUAUGAAAUCAAAUUAUUUCGGAUUACAAGCUUUAUGUGAAGUUAUGAAAUUUUAUCCAAUGGAUGAUGAUACUUUUUCAUUCCAUUUUGCUGAUUCAACAAUUGGAUAUGAAGAAGCUUGGAUUAGAAUUAUUAGUUUAUUUGGUGGUAAAAUGCAUUCGAAUAACGAUCUUUAUAAAAGAUUAGAACUUUUAUCUAAUUCAAAUGAAUAUGAAUAUAAAGAUCGUAUUGGUAAGAUCAAAUCAUUGGAUCCAAAAUCAAAAUUCCAUUGUUGUGGUAUAAGACCAUCUCAAUGUAGUGGUCAUAUUUCCAAAUUUCCUGUCAGAUUAAAACAUUCAAUUGAUAUUAGUUAUGAAGAUAUGCUUAAUAUUACACAUCCAUUACCAUGGAGUCAAUUUAGUGAUGUUGCAAUUUUCCAAGAAGAAUUACCUCAGGGUCAUAAAAUUUAUAAAAUUGAUGAUAUUCCUCAUUUAUUACCAAAUGGUAAAGAUUAUUUAUUAAGAAAUGAAAUUAGAUUUUUCUUUAGUCGUCAUUCAUCUUAUGAAGAAUGCAGACAUUUCAUUAGUUUAUUCAAUGUUGAUGAUGUUUACCCAUUAACAGAGUCACCAAAAUCUUGGGCAAGAGGAUUUCAAAUGAAGAGACAAUUUGGUGAUUUAUUGAAUAAAAGUGGUGAUUUAAUUUAUGAUUUACAUUCAACUGCUGUUUAUGGACCAGCUCCUACAGGAUUGAACACUCCACAAAGAAUUGAUAAAUUUAGUGAAUCAUUUCUAAGAAGUGUAACAGAUGGAUCAAGAGACGUUGCACAACCUUCUGGUGAAUUUGAGUUCAGAGGUAUUGCUGGUGUUCAUAACGCUGCUUUUAGACAAUCAUUCACUGAUGAAGAAAUGCAAUUUAUGGGUCAAUAUUCUCAUUUAGUUCGUGAAGGUAGACAUUUAGCUGGUGUGAAUCAAUAUCGUGUUGAAAGGGGUAUUAGAGCAUUAGGUCCUCAAUAUCUAAAUAGAUAUAGAGAUCGUGAUCAUGAAGAACAUCGAAUUGAUACACAGGAUGGGUCAGAUGACAGUGAUGAAGAUGACUUAGAAUCUGCAAUGCGAAAAUUUAAUAGAACCAGAAGUAACUUGAAUUCCAGAAGAGGGAGUUUUAAUAAUAAUGAUGAUGAUGAAGAUCACGAUGAUGAUCUACCAGGAACGGGUGUAAAUUCAAACAACACUGUUUCAUCAUCAACAAGAGUAUUAGUACCAUCACCACCAAAAAGAGAACCUUUAACUGAAAAAUCAGUUGACAACACACAAAAUCAACAAAACGGUCCAAAACGUCAACGUACAGCAAAAACUGAAGCACCAUUACAAGUUAUCAAUCUUGAUACACAACAAGAAUCAGUCGUCCAAUUAGAACCACCAGUUGACUUAGAGUCACAAAAAGCAAAAUCAUCAAAUCAAUUAGCACCAAAAAAUGAACCGAAUGAGACCACUUUAGAAGCCCCAACUAGAUCGUUUUUGGUAAGAAGAAUAUCAGAAUCUCCGUUAAAAUCAAGCUAUGAAAGACAAAUCACAGAUAUCAAUUUAGAAAAUGUUUCUAGAAUUGAACAAUCUAUUGUUAACGCAGAUGGACAAGGAUUUUUUGAAUACCAAUUAAAAUCUUGUAAAAAGAAAUAA